AAGAGAUAAACUUUUUAAUAAUGUUUAUAUAAAGUUCCAAAUGAUAUGACAUUACUGUCUAAUAAGUUAUGUUUAAUUACUUAUAAACCUAUUUAACAUAGACUACAAUACAUCGCUUUGAGUAUCCAAACGAUGAGUUUGAUUAACUUGUUUGGCAUCACUGCUCUCAGGAGUGAUCUAAUUGUCCGCAAACUCUUCACAGUCAGCGCCGCUAACAUUGAAUGGAGCGGUAAUAAUGACCACAAGUAUGACAUUGUGAUAGUCGGAGGCGGUAUUGUCGGCACCGCCACCGCCAGAGAGCUGGCCAUUAGAAAUCCAAAGUUAAAGUUUGCUAUCAUUGAGAAGGAAAACAAAUUGGCGUUUCACCAAUCGGGCCAUAAUUCUGGUGUCAUUCACGCCGGCAUUUACUAUAAACCGGGUUCACUAAAAGCAAAGUUAUGUGUCGAGGGCUCAGCGCUGGCCUAUAAGUAUUUGGACCACAAGAAGAUACCCUAUAAGAAGAUCGGAAAAUUGAUUGUUGCCGUCACUGACGAUGAACUCAAUGGACUCAAUGAUCUCUACCAAAGAGGUCUUCAAAAUGGUGUUAAGGAUAUGAUAUUAGUUGAACAAAACGAUAUCCAGAAUUAUGAGCCCAAAUGUGUGGGACUGAGAGCCAUAUGGAGUCCGCACACGGGAAUUGUCGAUUGGGCUCAAGUCAACGAGUCUUUCGGCAAAGAUUUUGAGUCAAUGGGCGGUAAAAUCUAUACUAAUUUUAAGGCAAAUAAGUUUGAUUUAGAAGACGAUUCCAAUAACCAAUUGGUUAGAGUUACGGACAGCACCGGUGAUAAAGUGAUUACCGCUAGAUAUGUAGUGACAGCGGCUGGACUUCAAUCCGAUCGGAUCGCCAAACUAACCGCCGGUCAACAGAACCCUAAAAUUGUUCCCUUUAGAGGAGAAUAUUUAAUAUUAAAGAAAGAGAAGAGCGAUUUGGUUCGGACUAACAUUUAUCCCGUACCGGACCCCCGGUUCCCAUUCUUGGGCGUACACUUUACACCGCGAAUGGACGGCAGUGUACUUCUCGGACCCAAUGCUGUCCUGGCAUUCAAACGCGAGGGCUAUAAAAAGAGUGACUUUAGUAUUGCCGACGUCUGGGAAACGAUUAAAUACAGCGGAUUUAGAAAACUUGCGUUCAAAUAUUUAGGCCAAGGUUUUAGCGAACUUUAUAGAAGUUAUCGGACCACAGCUCAGGUGGAAUUGCUUCGCAAAUAUGUGCCCUCUUUGACCAUCGAUGACAUCGAACCCAACAGUUAUCGGGCGGGCAUUAGAGCCCAGGCUCUCGAUGAAAAUGGCAAUUUAGUCGAUGACUUUGUGUUUGACAUCGGGAGCGAAGGCAUAGGGAAGCGAGUGCUUCACGUGCGCAACGCUCCGUCUCCGGGCGCCACCUCUUCGCUGGCCAUCGCGAAGAUGAUCGCAGAUAAGGCUCAACAAUGUUUUGCAAUAUAAUUGAUGACAAAAUUG